AUGGCAAGCCAGCAAGAUCUCCAGACACUGCUCCGCUUUCUCUCGCAAGAUGCCAAGAUUCCCCUCGCUUCCGCAAUGGGUAAGAUCAAGGACCUACAAGCCGCGAAGAUGAUCACAACGGACAACAUUGCCAAGGCCGAUAUAGACAGCCUUCGAAAAAUACUCGGAGAUGAGAAGCUCGCGCGACAGGUUCUCAAUGCCGCAAAACGCGUGUCCAAGAAGCGCACAAACGGCGAUCUCUCAACAGCAUCAACAUCUGCAAUACCUCCUCCAGUGAAGAGAGCAAAGACGAGCUUCGGAGCACCAAUGGACCCCGCAACUUUCGAAGCUUCCCUCACGCUUCCAUCCUCCAACCUCACUGCGUCCGAAUUGGAGCACGUAGUCCUAUUCACUAAUCGUGCGCCACUUGUCCUAGCUGUUGCUGUGACGGUGUUAAAAUACACUAUGCCCACGCAACCUCUCUCCAGCAGAUUGAGUCUCGCGCAAGCCGUAUGUAGCGCAAACAGCCAGUCCAAAGCAAAGUACAUUGGUAUCCAGAAAGGCGCGUCUGCAGAGGAGGAAGGCUGGGGUGAAGGUCAACCGCUCAUUACCGUCUUGAAUCGACAGAUUCGAGUCAUGAAACGAUGGGGAUACACGUGGAAGGAAGAACCGGAGGUACAAGAAGGGGACUUGGCGUCAUCGCAGGCUACCGUACAAGGUGACGAUGUGCAAGAUACGCAAGAGACCGUCUCCCCUGAUGAGCCGGCCCUGUGGGGUGUAGAUCUAGAGGCGCUAAAGAAGUCGAAUGGGCCGGUGACGAUUGGGGCGAGACACGGCUCGACGAGCGACCUACCGAUCUACAGACCUGAGUCUACAAGAGUGUAUCUUCUGAAGUCGUUCGGCAUCAAACCAGGCCAGGAGGCGAAGCCCACCAAAGCACUGACGGGUAAGAAAGUCCUUGAGGAGAAGGAGCACAACCUUGGAAUGCUUCUGACGUCACUGGACUUAUUAUGCCAAUCCUGGGCGUCCGUACUCAGCAAUGAGGAUCUUGAUAAACGGGCUUGGGGCUGGUAUUGUAGCGUGAGGCCGGAGGUAAAGAAUGGUGUUGCGGGCUGGGGAGGUAAGGGCGAUGUGAAGCUUGCGGAUAUUCUGCAAUUGCGACGGAAAGGAGGAAUCGACAGUUUCUUUAGAGGCAGCAAUUAG